CACAAGACGUUGAUCCUCCUGGGUCUGGCCACAGCGAUAGCCGGUGACUCAACAAAGAGCAAUGACGGAAAGACAAAACGUGGACUUGAGCUCGGCGACCACUCGGAUUUUGGUGACUUCGGGGGACAUGGAUUAGGCGGUCACGCGGGUGGUUUUGGGAAUACACUGACAGCCGGUGGUUUUGGCGGCGACAGCGGACGUAUCUCAUCCAUCACCAUUCAUCGGGAAGUCGGUGUUCCAGCGCCGUACGCUGUUCCGGUUAAAGUUCCGGUGGACAGACCUGUGCCUUACCACGUGCCCGCGCCCUAUCCAGUCCCAGUGGAGAAGCACGUUCCUGUGCCGGUGGAAAAACCGGUCCCUUAUCCUGUCAAAGUACCAGUCAAAGUCCCCUAUGAGGUGCCGUACCCCGUAGAAGUUCCGGUUAAGGUGCUAUAUCCGGUUCAUAAAGAGGUGCCAUAUCCGGUGAAAGUUCCCUAUGUUGUCAAGGAAUCGUAUCCUGUGUUUGUCAACGGCCAUGAGGAGCAUCACGGAGGGUACGCUGGGGGCUUCGGCUACGGAGGACACGACUUUGGUGGCUUUGGCCAUCAUCAUUAG